ACCACCCAAACAAAAACCUCUCUCCGCCGGCCCCACCCUCGACCAGCGCCGCGCGACGGUGAAGAAAAACAAACGAAGAAGAGAGAAAUGAGGAAGAAAGUCGACGACCGAAUCAGAACCCUAAUCGAGAAUGGCGUCAAGACCCGGCACCGUUCGAUGUUCGUCAUCGUCGGCGACAGAUACCAUGAUCAGAUAGUGAAUCUUCACUACAUUCUAAGCAAGGCGGUGACGAAAUCUAGGCCUACUGUGUUGUGGUGUUACAAGAACAAGCUUGAACUCAGCAGUCACAAGAAAAAACGUGCAAAGCAGGUUAAACGCCUGAUGCAAAGCGGGCUGCAUGACCGGGAGAAGGUUGAUCCUCUCUCGCUUUUUCUUGAAACUGCGGGAUUGACAUACUGCUUAUACAAGGAUUCAGAAAGAAUUCUUGGUAAUACUUUUGGGAUGUGCAUACUUCAGGAUUUUGAAGCUUUGACCCCAAAUCUACUUGCAAGAUCAAUAGAGACGGUGGAGGGUGGUGGACUAAUAUUAUUGUUGAUUCGUUCUUUAUCCUCUCUUACCAGCCUAUAUACCAUGGUUAUGGAUGUUCAUGAGAGGUUUCGAACUGAGUCGCAUGCUGAACCCACUGGACGCUUUAAUGAGCGGUUUUUAUUAUCACUUGCAUCAUGCAAAGCCUGUAUAGUUAUGGACGAUGAAUUGAAUGUUUUGCCAAUUUCCUCUCAUAUGAAAUCAAUCACGCCAGUUCCCGUUAAAGAGGACUCAGAAGGUCUAUCAGAGGCAGAGCAAGACCUGAAGAAUCUAAAAGAAGAACUUGUUGAUGACUUCCCUGUUGGCCCUUUGAUAAAGAAGUGUUGUACAUUGGACCAGGGAAAAGCUGUCAUCACAUUUCUGGAUUCAAUUUUGGACAAGACACUAAAAAGUACAGUUGCCUUGCUUGCUGCUCGUGGCCGUGGAAAAUCAGCAGCUCUUGGUUUGGCUAUUGCAGGAGCUAUUGCUGCAGGGUACUCAAAUAUCUUUGUAACUGCGCCUAGCCCUGAGAAUGUGAAAACCUUGUUUGACUUUGCUUGCAAAGGUUUUGAUGCACUUGAUUAUAAGGAACAUAUAGAUUUUGAUGUGGUGAGAAGCACCAAUCCUGAGUUCAAGAAAGCAACUGUACGGAUUAAUAUUUACAAGCAGCACAGGCAGACAAUUCAGUAUAUACAACCACAUGAGCACGAAAAGCUUUCCCAAGUUGAGUUGUUGGUCGUUGAUGAGGCAGCAGCCAUUCCAUUGCCAGUUGUGAAGUCAUUGCUUGGUCCCUAUCUGGUCUUCCUUUCAUCUACUGUGAAUGGCUAUGAAGGUACUGGUCGAUCCUUGUCCCUUAAACUUAUUCAGCAAUUGGAACAACAAAGUCAACCAUCAGCUCAGAGCGUGGAGGGUCCUAAAUCUGGUUAUCUUUUCAAAAAGAUAGAGCUGAGCGAAUCUAUUAGAUAUGCAUCUGGGGACCCUAUAGAAUCAUGGCUUCAUGGCUUACUCUGCUUGGAUGCAACAAAUGCAGUCCCUAAACUUAGUGGGUUACCUCAACCGAGUGAGUGUGAACUCUACUAUGUUAAUCGUGAUACACUUUUUUCCUAUCACAAAGAGAGUGAGUUGUUCUUGCAGCGGAUGAUGGCCUUAUAUGUCUCCUCUCACUACAAAAACUCUCCCAAUGAUUUACAACUAAUGGCGGAUGCACCAGCGCACCACUUGUUUGUAUUACUUGGCCCUGUUGAUGAGUCAAAAAAUCAACUUCCUGAUAUUUUGUGUGUCAUUCAGGUCGCUCUUGAGGGACAGAUUUCCCGUAAAUCUGCACUCAAAAGUUUAAGCACUGGUCGUCAACCCCCUGGAGACCAGAUACCUUGGAAAUUUAGUGAGCAAUUCCAAGACACUGUUUUUCCAACAUUUUCAGGUGCUCGGAUUGUACGAAUUGCUACCCAUCCAAGUGCAAUGAAGCUUGGAUAUGGUUCACAAGCAGUCCAACUUCUGACAAGGUACUAUGAAGGGCAGUUUGCACCUAUUUCUGAAAUGGAUUAUGAUGAAGUGGAGACCUCUCCUGUCAGAGUCACAGAAGCAGCUAAAAAGAUACAGGUUUCAUUGCUAGAAGAGACCAUAGAACCUAGGAAAAAUCUUCCUCAUUUGCUUGCUCAUCUCCGUGAAAGGAAACCAGAGAAGCUUCACUAUAUCGGCGUUUCCUUUGGGCUCACCUUGGACCUUCUGCGCUUUUGGAGAAAGCAUAAGUUUAUUCCAUUCUUUAUUGGCCAUACUCCAAGUUCCGUGACUGGUGAGCAUACUUGUAUGGUCCUAAAACCUUUGAACAAUGAUGAAGUAGAAACUAGCGCAUCAGUUGAAUUGGGCUUUCUUGGACCAUUUUGCCAAGAUUUCAGGCUAAGAUUUAUUGAACUGUUGGGUCAUACGUUUCAUAUAAUGGAGUACAAGCUUGCUAUGAGCAUCUUGGAUCCAAAAAUCAAGUUCAUGGAGCUAGAAUCAGGGACGACUACCUUUGAUGGAUUUGUAGACUCAAUUAAAGAGAUGCUAUCAUUUUAUGACAUGAAGCGGUUAGAAGCCUAUGCCAACAACCUUGCUGACUAUCAUAUGAUUUUGGAUAUAGCUCGAAAGCUUGCACGCCUAUACUUUCAAGAGAAACUUCCUGUUACAUUAUCAUAUGCCCAGGCUUCUGUUUUGCUAUGUAUUGGAUUGCAGGGUCGAGGCAUCUCUGAUAUUGAGGGACAAAUGGGACUGGAAAGGCAACAAAUAUUGUCACUAUUUAUAAAAGCUAUGAAAAAGUUCUCCAAGUAUCUAAACAAUAUCGAUGCCAAAGAGAUUGAAUCAAGCAUGCCUCGGCUAAGAGAAAUUGAGAUGCAACCAAAUGAUAUCGCUAUGGAGGAGGAUCUCAAGAGAGCUGCCAGGCAGGCCGAGGAACAAAUGAAACCUGACAUGGAGGGAGUUUUGGAUCCCGAGAUGCUCCAGCAAUAUGCCAUUGGAGCAAACUUUGAUAACGCAUUGCAAAACAACGAUGGGAAGAUACCUUCCGGUGGCCUCGUUAGCGUGAAAUCCAGUAGAAGUAAAACGGAAAGCAAGGGCGGGAAGAAGCGCAAUAGAAGCGAUCGAGACGAGAAAAAGAAAUCUAAACAUUAAUGACGAGAAAUAUAACCAAGAAAGCAAGCCUAAAUCCAUAAAUUGCCUGAGGAAGUGGUUGUAACAUCGUCACUACAUUGCAACCAGCAGAUUACAUCGCUUGAUAAGUUAUUAGAGAUCAGCAUGUACAAAUUAGGCACAAAAUUUUGACAAUAGGCUAAAAUUUUGACCAUCUACUCUACUCUCCUCUUGGUAUUCCAUUCCUAUGAUUGAUAAUUAUCACUACUGCUAUUUUUAUUUUAU